AACGAGCUUUUGCAGAACAAAAGUUGGAAAUUUCCAGUGGGUUGUGACCACAUUUGACCUUGGAAAUUAUUAAUGGGCCUCAGGACUGUCCCCAGCAAUCGCAGUGGACCAAUAGGAUGUGGCCUUUUGGUUCUUUGACUUGCGCUGAACCCAAUCGCACUUGACACCUUCUCUCCAACUUCAAACCUCUCUUGCACAAAGCAAGCUUUAGGCUUUCUGAACCGUCCGUUAAAGAUGGCAUCUUUAACCAUUCUCCCCGCCAAAGCUCCUCUUGUUAGCUCCAUUCCAUCCUCCUCUUCCCAUCUCGAAUUCAAAUUUCCCGUCAAAUUACAACAUUCCUCUCUCUCAACUGUCAAAUUUAGACUCAAACCUCUCCAGGCUCGCUUUAUUCCGGCCACUGGCGAUGAAGAUUCUGGCGAGAAUCUUGACUGGGUUUCUAAGAGGAGGAGAAACCUCAUUUGUGUUUCCACACUGCCUUUUCUAUUUCAUUUUCGAGAAUCCUUCGAGGGCUUUAGUGCUGAGGCAGCUGAAUUGGAUGCCACAUAUAUGCUCAUGAAGGAAGAAGUAAGGAAGGUAGUGUCCAAAGGCAAGGCUCCUGGCGUACUUCGACUUGUUUUUCAUGAUGCAGGAACCUUUGAAACGGAUGGUAAUUCAGGGGGUAUGAAUGGUUCUAUAGUUUUUGAACUUGAUAGACCUGAAAAUGCAGGUUUAAAGAAAUCUUUGAAGAUUCUUCAGAAAGCAAAGAGCGAAGUGGAUUCAAAACAAUCAGUAUCGUGGGCAGACAUGAUUGCUGUAGCUGGAGCUGAAGCCGUUUCAAUCUGUGGAGGUCCAACAAUUCCAGUUAUAUUAGGAAGACGAGAUUCAGUGGAGCCUGAUGCUGAAGGCAGACUUCCUGAAGAGUCUCUGGGUGCUUCCGCUUUGAAGCAAUGUUUUAAAAGAAAAGGCUUAUCAACACAAGUACUAGUUGCCCUGUCUGGAGCUCAUACUCUUGGGAGUAAAGGCUUUGGAAAUCCAUUUGUUUUUGACAAUUCAUACUAUAAAAUUCUCUUGGAAAAGCCAUGGAACUCUUCAGAUAAAAUGGCAAGCAUGAUUGGACUUCCUUCAGAUCAUGCACUUGUUGAGGACGAUGAAUGCUUAAGAUGGAUCAAAAAGUAUGCUGAUGACCAGGAUAUUUUCUUCGAAGAUUUCAAGAAUGCGUAUAUCAAACUUGUGAAUUCUGGUGCAAGAUGGAAAAGCUUGUGAUACCUUUUAAAAAGUUUUCUUUUCUUUUCUUUUCAUUGGAUUUUGGUUGUAUAUAGUGGAAAAGAAUCCCCAUUUAUUAAAGUUGUAAUUUCAACUGCAUUCAUUUUGAAUGAAAAGAUCUGGGAGCCUCAUUUUUUGGAACAAGAUUACCCAGAUGUUCAUUGAACACACCUUUACAACUUUGUAUGUCAUCACUAUAUAUAUUUC